AUGGCGGCGGCUGGGGCGGCUUCGGGGUUGCCGGGUCCCGUGGCACAAGGGUUGAAGGAGGCGUUGGUGGAUACCCUCACCGGCAUCCUGUCCCCGGUGCAGGAGGUGCGGGCGGCUGCCGAGGAGCAGAUUAAGGUGCUGGAGGUGACGGAGGAAUUUGGUGUGCACUUGGCAGAGCUGACUGUAGACCCUCAGGGGGCACUGGCUAUCCGUCAGCUGGCAUCUGUCAUUUUGAAGCAGUAUGUGGAGACUCACUGGUGCGCCCAGUCAGAAAAGUUCCGGCCUCCUGAAACCACAGAACGGGCAAAGAUUGUUAUCCGGGAGCUGUUGCCCAAUGGGUUGAGAGAAUCAAUAAGCAAGGUGCGCUCCAGUGUGGCCUAUGCGGUGUCAGCCAUUGCCCACUGGGACUGGCCUGAAGCCUGGCCCCAACUCUUCAACCUGCUCAUGGAGAUGUUAGUGAGCGGAGACUUAAAUGCAGUCCAUGGAGCCAUGCGAGUGCUGACAGAAUUCACCCGGGAAGUGACAGAUGCGCAGAUGCCCCUUGUUGCUCCUGUCAUCCUGCCAGAGAUGUAUAAGAUCUUCACCAGGGCCGAGGUGUAUGGGAUUCGAACCCGUUCCCGAGCUGUGGAGAUUUUCACCACCUGUGCUCACAUAAUCUGUAACAUGGAUGAACUGGAAAAAGGUGCAGCAAAAGUCUUGAUCUUUCCCGUGGUGCAGCAGUUCACAGAGGCCUUUGUUCAGGCGCUCCAGAUACCGGAUGGCCCCACGUCUGACAGUGGCUUUAAAAUGGAAGUCCUAAAGGCCGUGACGGCGCUGGUGAAGAACUUCCCCAAGCACAUGGUGACCUCCAUGCAACAGAUUCUUCCCAUUGUCUGGAACACCCUGACUGAGAGUGCCGCCUUUUAUGUGAAGACAGAAGUGAAUUACACAGAAGAAGUAGAAGAUCCUGUGGACUCUGAUGGAGAAGUCCUGGGCUUUGAGAAUCUCGUCUUUAGCAUUUUUGAAUUUGUCCAUGCCUUAUUAGAAAACAGCAAGUUCAAAAGCACCGUUAAGAAGGCCUUGCCUGAGUUGAUUUACUAUAUUAUCCUAUACAUGCAAAUCACCGAAGAGCAGAUUAAAGUCUGGACAGCCAACCCCCAACAAUUUGUGGAAGAUGAAGAUGAUGAUACUUUCUCCUAUACUGUUAGAAUUGCGGCUCAAGAUCUUUUACUGGCUGUGGCCACAGAUUUCCAGAAUGAAAGUGCAGCAGCCCUGGCUGCUGCAGCCACUCGGCAUCUACAAGAAGCCGAGCAAACCAAAAACAGUGGCACCGAACACUGGUGGAAGAUCCACGAGGCCUGCAUGCUUGCUCUGGGCUCCGUGAAGUCCAUCAUCACCGACAGUGUGAAAAAUGGCAGGAUCCACUUUGACAUGCAUGGAUUCCUGACCAGUGUCAUCCUUGCAGACCUCAACCUCUCAGUGUCUCCGUUCCUCUUGGGCCGGGCACUGUGGGCUGCCAGCCGGUUCACUGUGGCUAUGUCCCCUGAACUAAUCCAGCAGUUCUUACAAGCAACAGUUCGUGGGCUUCAGGAGACACAACCCCCAUCAGUUCGGAUUUCUGCUGUAAGAGCUAUUUGGGGUUACUGUGACCAGCUGAAAGUCUCAGAGAGUACCCACGUGCUUCAGCCCUUCCUCCCCAGCAUCCUUGACGGCCUAAUCCACCUAGCAGCCCAGUUCAGCUCAGAGGUCCUCAACCUGGUGAUGGAAACGCUGUGCAUCGUCUGCACAGUUGACCCAGAAUUCACAGCAAGCAUGGAAAGCAAGAUCUGCCCCUUCACUAUCGCCAUUUUCCUGAAGUACAGUAACGAUCCUGUCGUCGCCUCGCUGGCUCAGGACAUCUUCAAGGAGUUGUCGCAGACUGAAGCCUGUCAGGGCCCCAUGCAGAUGAGGCUGAUUCCCACACUGGUCAGCAUCAUGCAGGCCCCCGCAGACAAGAUCCCUGCGGGGCUCUGUGCGACAGCCAUUGAUAUCCUGACGACAGUGGUGCGGAAUACCAAGCCGCCCCUUUCCCAGCUCCUCAUCUGCCAGGCGUUCCCUGCCGUGGCACAGUGCACUCUUCACACAGAUGACAACGCCACCAUGCAGAAUGGUGGAGAGUGCCUACGGGCCUAUGUGUCAGUGACUCUGGAGCAGGUAGCCCAGUGGCACGACGAGCAGGGCCACAGUGGGCUGUGGUACGUGAUGCAAGUGGUGAGCCAGCUCCUGGACCCCCGCACCUCCGAGUUCACUGCGGCUUUUGUGGGCCGCCUGGUCUCCACCCUUAUCUCCAAGGCCGGGCGAGAGCUGGGGGACAACCUGGACCAAAUCCUUCGUGCCAUCCUCAGUAAGAUGCAGCAGGCAGAGACGCUCAGUGUCAUGCAGUCUCUGAUCAUGGUGUUUGCUCACCUGGUGCACACUCAGCUGGAGCCGCUCCUAGAGUUCCUGUGCAGCCUCCCGGGACCUACUGGCAAGCCUGCCCUGGAGUUUGUGAUGGCUGAGUGGACCAGCCGACAGCAUCUCUUCUACGGACAGUAUGAAGGCAAAGUCAGUUCCGUGGCACUGUGUAAGCUGCUCCAGCACGGCAUCAACGCAGACGACAAGCGGCUGCAGGACAUCCGAGUGAAGGGCGAGGAGAUCUACAACAUGGACGAGGGCAUCCGCACCCGCUCCAAGUCGGCCAAAAACCCUGAGCGCUGGACAAAUAUUCCUUUGCUGGUCAAAAUCCUCAAGCUGAUCAUCAACGAGCUCUCGAACGUCAUGGAGGCCAACGCAGCUCGCCAGGCUACUCCUGCAGAGUGGAAUCAGGAAGACUCCAAUGAUAUGUGGGAGGAUCAGGAGGAGGAGGAUGACGACGAAGAGGAAGACGGCUUAGCUGGCCAGCUCUUAUCCGACAUUCUUGCAACAAGUAAAUACGAGGAGGAUUACUACGAGGAUGAUGAGGAAGAUGACCCUGAUGCCCUGAAGGAUCCUCUCUAUCAGAUUGAUCUGCAGGCCUAUCUCACGGACUUCCUCUGCCAGUUUGCACAGCAGCCCUGCUACAUCAUGUUCUCAGGACACCUGAAUGACAGCGAGAGGCGGGUUCUGCAGACCAUCGGCAUCUAAACUCGGAGCCUUUGUGCAUUUGCUCGUCCUGCUGGCCCAGCCAGAACCAUCUGCAGCCCUCACCGGCCUGGAGGUGCGCCAUCUCUCAACCUAGAGGGGCUUCCUGACCACGGGCCCUUGGCCGCACCAGGCUGACCCAGACGACAACUCAGACUGAGCCCACCAGCCCAGCAAAGGCCUCCCCAAAGACAUCCCAUCAGAACCGUUUUCCUCCCCAGCGCUGCCCCACCUGUCUUCCCCAGUCGUCUGCUGGCGAGGCCAGAAGCGUCAGGAGCACGGGGAGCAAGCGCUGGUGACACAGGUUGAGGAGCUCAGCCACCACCCAAAGGUGGGCAGCACCAACCCGACAGCCCCUCCACGGGAGGGAGGGAGGGAGACGCGGCAGUCUGUGUCCGUGACGAUCGCGGCAUUGGAAACUGAGGCAGUUCCACUCUGCCCUGCAGGCCUGUGAGUCGAUCUGCUCUGUGGCAGUGGCGGUCAGGAGCACAGAAAGUCGUGGCCCUUUUAAUUAUAAAACAGACCUUUCUACUUUCUUAGGGCACGUGACGUGCUCCGUCUGAUAGGAUUCCCUGGAGAGACAGUUCAUGCUUUGUACCCCUGACCACUGAUGCUCUGGGUUCACAGUAAGGACAAGUGGGAACAGCUACACCCUAAACCCUCCGCUCUGAUCCUCCUCCCUGGCCCAUCGCACAACACUACACAGCUCUCCUGUCAGAGGAAGUAGUCUUGUCUUCAACCUCAUCGCAUGCUAUAGGCCAACUCCUCCCCCAAGCUGUUCUUAAGUAGACUGCACACACAUCACACCAGACAGGUGGCCAUUGGUUUUUCUGUUUUAGAAAAGGGGGGGAGGGGACCAAAAAGGUUGGAAAAAAGUCUAACUCCACCCAACUAUAUUUAAUAUACCUCUCACAUAUUACCACACAAUCUGAUCAUUCAAAAGUUACUUCCCCCUCCCUCAGGAAUCCUCGAAAGUGGUUCAGUUGUAGCCCUUGAAUUUGGAACUUGUAUUUUUCUAGGACAGUAAAGUAACCUUUACAAAUGAA